AUGGCGCAACCAGACCCCAGCCACAGCGUGCCCCAGGACCUCAUGUCCCACGUCCACCUCAUCUCCUCGUUUCGAUACCCGACGAUGCCGCGGCUCGACCUCAGCGAGGUGGCCAAGUGGCUCAUGAGCGCGCCCCAGGUCGCCAGAGACCGAGCCCCCUUCUUCUGGACGUACCUCGACAAGCCCGCCGACGGCACCAUUCUCUUGACCUGGCAGCCCCUGCAGAGACUGGGCACAAACUUUGCCACCGACGGCUUCGUCUGGGCGCCGCCCGAGCAGGUGUACAAGCAGGACCUGGGCAACGGGCUGAUGCUGGAAAUAUAUUACCUCAAGGCCGGAUACAUCCCGGGUGAGCAAUACGCGCUCCACGCCCGGCGGCGCUUUCGAUUGGUGCCCGUCCCGGGCCAUCCCAACCCUCCCCAGCCUGACAUGAGCCUCUUCAUCGUCCACUACGGCCCUUCGGACCCCAACGAACGGAUCCCCGCCGCCAUGGUCCCCUACGACGAGCGGGUCAAUGCCAUCAUGCAGCAGCGCCAUUAUCUGCUCCGCGCGGGCCAGAUCCGCCGCAAGGAGUUUAUGCUUUCGGAUCGCGUCAACUGGCCGUCGCUGCCCGAGUUGACUCGACAGCAGAUGGGUCCCCAGAUGGUUCCGCGAGGCGUCCCGCAGCAAAUGGCCUAUCCGCCCCAGCCUGUCCCCGGCCCCUCCGCUAAGCGCGCCCGUCACGGCCCAAAUCAGGGGAGCCAACAGGGCAUGAUGCCUGGUAUGCCAGCAAUGGACCCGACCUUUGACGACGACGAGGACAUUACGAGAGGGGACAUGUUCGAUCACCUGACCCAGCGAGAGAUCUCGCUGAGCCGCUAUCAGCAGAAUCACGAGUGGAUGGAGGAGAUCUUGUCCUCGGCUUACAGGAUCAACCAGAUCACCCCGGCGGAUCUCAACCUCGGCCUCAAGGGUGAGCUGGCGUCGCUGACCGAGGGAAUCUUUACGGCGCAAGGAGCCGAAGUCUUCACCCAGGCCCCCGACAGGCCCUACAUCGGACGCCUCGACCCAGGACUGGCCGACGAGUUUCGCAAGCGGGUCAGCGAGCAUACCGAGUCGACCCUGGCCGAGAUCAAAAGCAUUCAGGCCGCCCACGACGAAGCCAUGGCCAAGUUCAAAGAAAGCUCUCUCUUUACAACAAAGGAAGCGGAGCUGAGGGUCAUUGCCAAGGAGCCGACGCCGGACCUGCCCCAGGCCGAGGGCCAGGCCGAGUCCCCUGACGAGGAGAGCAAGGUCCGGCAAGUUCCGACAAAGACGGAGGAAGAAGUGGUCAAGGAGGUCGAGGAGGCCGUUGGGCGCAAGAUCGAGGGCCAGCCCCUCGUCAAGCGCAUCCAGCAGGGAGGAUAUCAGCCACCGGCCCCGGCCGCCUUGGCGCACAUGUCGCAGCAGCCCUCACGAGCGGCAUCGCAGGCCAGCGGUCUCAUCAUGGGUGAAUCCGACAUUGACAUGGGCGGCACGGCGGCCGGCUUACUGGAUCAGAUGCACACGGGGUUCUCGUCCAUGUCGACGCCCAUCAACAACUUUCCCAUGUCGGCGGCGCAGUCCAACGCCGCCACGCCCUCCAACGCGCAGAAUGCACAAUCGCCGGCGCCUGCACCCGGGUCCAUGCCGGCGCCGCACGGGGGCGAUGUCUCCAUGGGCGGCAACGAGGCGCCCGCUAAGAAUCAGGAAGAGAAGGGCACGACACCCGACCAGGGCACCGGCAGCGGCGACUGGGUGGUGGUGCCCAAGGGCGGGGAGGCGCCGGAUGCGCCUGCGGGUCAAAGCCAUCUCGGCGUGCCGGGAGCAGCAGCAGCAUCUGCGGGAGAGGCACCGAAGCCCGCCGGCGCAGCAGCAGGCAAGCCGUCGUCGGCAGCGGCGACGCCGGCCGUGACGGACGGAGGCUCGGCGACGUUUGACCAGAAUGACUUUAGCUCCCUCGGCGACCUGGACACGGCGGGGGAUGCCCUCGCCGGCUUCGACGCGCCGGACCUUGACGGGGCGGCGGGGGAGCUGGGCGACGGGCUGGACCUACAGAUGGAUAUGGAAGACUCUGCGUUUGGCGACGCCUUUCACGGGGUCGACUCGACGGGGACGCCGGGCGAGGGCCAGAACCAGGACAUGUGA